CAUAACAUUAUACAAGCUGAAGAAAGCAAAAGAAAGUAACUGAAUAAGCAAAAAAAAAAAAAAAAAAUACAACAAAAGUAACCAGUAAUUUUCGAUAUUCACUGAUUGACGUUUGAAUUGUUCUUGAAAAUUUUGCUUUUGUGUGUGAUUUUUGAACGAAUGUUGCGGCUACAAAGGAGUUGAAAACCAACAAACGUUUGACCAAUAGACAAAGGAAAUAGACAACUAUUUAUUUAUAAAUAUUUGCGGAAUACAUCAACUCAACCAAAAGAAGAAAAUCAACUUUGUCAUAGUCAGAUUAUAAACAUUUUCAAAAAUGAUAUCGUGGAGUAAUAUGAUGGCCACCACCGUUUUGCCAAGUCUUUUAAUCGUGUCUUUGAUUUUAUCGACAUCAUUGGUUUGCGCACAAGAAGAAGAUUUAUUAGUGACAGAAUUUAGUAUAAUUGGUCAUACGAGCAGUAAUAGUAAUUCAACAAUCGGAAGCAGUUCAACUAGCGCAAGCGGCUUUGAUAUUAGAACUAGCACUGGUAGUGGAAACUCAGAAGGUAACGAUAGUGAAAAUAGCAGUAAUGCAAGUGACAGCAGUGUAAGUAAUGGCGACGAUUUGUCCAGUGAUGGAAUUUCAAGUUUAGAAACAUCACCAGCGACACGACAAUAUGUAGCUGUUACACAAUCAACAAUAUUAAAACGCAAGGGACUGAAACCGGAAUCAGCUGAUGUCGAGAAAACAAUCACAAUCACCGACUCCAAUCAAAAUCAUUCAACAGAAGCACUUUCUCAAGAUGGCAGUCAAAAGGAACCGGUGGUUUAUCUAUCGGAGACGGCUGGAUACAUUCCAGUUACAUCUUUGCGUAAUCGACCAACGGGAAUAAACGCGGGCUAUCAUAUUGAUGGUGAUAUUGAUGGAUGGCGUCAUGAAUCAUGGGAUCGUGACUACAACCAUCGGAAUCGAUUUAACAAUACUCGUGUUCAACAUAUUGAAGCCGAGUGCCAGGAUGAUUAUAUGAAGAUUCGCAUCGGUUUCAACGGAUCAUUUACCGGACUUUUAUACUCAGCUGGCUAUGCAUAUGAUCCAGAUUGUAUGUAUAUUAAUGGUUCAGGUCGGGAAUACUAUGAAUUUUAUAUUCAAUUAAAUCGUUGUGGAACUUUGGGAAAAAAUGCAAUUAGUGAAAAAUCACGCGAAAAUCCAACGAAUUUUAUGUGGAAUACAAUUACGGUUCAAUAUAAUCCAUUAAUUGAAGAGGAGUUUGAUGAACAUUUCAAGGUGACUUGUGAAUAUGGCUACGAUUUCUGGAAAACAGUUACCUUUCCAUUUUUGGAUGUUGAAGUGGCAACAGGAAACCCGGUCGUUUUUACAUUGAGUCCCCCGGAAUGUUAUAUGGAAAUUCGUAAUGGUUAUGGCAUUGGUGGAACACGCGUAACUGGACCCGUUCGCGUUGGCGAUCCAUUGACUUUGAUGAUUUACAUGCGAAGCAAAUACGAUGGUUUCGAUAUUGUCGUAAACGAUUGUUAUGCACAUAAUGGUGCCACCAAACGUAUCCAAUUGAUUGACGAAUAUGGUUGUCCCGUUGAUGACAAAUUGAUUUCACGCUUCCGUGGCUCGUGGUCCGAUACUGGAGUUUAUGAAACUCAGGUGUACGCAUAUAUGAAAACAUUUCGAUUCACUGGUUCACCAGCGCUGUACAUUGAAUGUGAUGUUCGAAUGUGCCAUGGCAGAUGUCCGAGUCAACCGUGUCAUUGGCGUAACAUCAAAUCAGUUACCAAGCGUGAUGUUUCAAAUAUAAAUAAAACAAAUGCAAAUGAUGUAGCUGAAAGAGGUAAAAAGGAAAAGACCGUUUCCGAUAAUAUUAGCCUAUUCCAAUCCUUGCGAGUACUUCAAGAGGGUGAAGGUGAUGAAUUUAGUUCAGCCGUUCAAAGUGUGAAGGAGCCCAGUGAAACGUGUAUGAAAACGACUGUACUUACGUCAUUUAUGUUCGCCACAUUUAUUUUAUUCGCCAUUUUAAUUGUAUCACUGUGGAUGACAUGCACAAAAUUGCGCUACCGAAACAAAGACUCUGGUCUCUACAAUGCAUACAUUAAUCACAAAGGACAAAUUGAUUGAAUCCACGUUGCACAAUCAAUUGUUCAACAACAAACUUAGAAAAAAAAAUAAACAUUAGAAUAAUACACUUACUUUAUUCGAAAGAAUACUAGGAAAGCUAGUUUUGAAUUUUUUUUAUCAAUCUCAAGAGUAGUUUCUAUGUAAUUUUAUAAUUUGAAAUAAUUUAGAAUAAGAAUUUUAUGCUCCUUUCGGUAUAGCCAAUCGAAUUUGAUUAUAAGUCUAAUGAAAAAACUUUCAUAAGAAAUUUCACAAUCGCUUAAUAUUUUUCACAGUAAACUGCUUAGGUAACAUUUACUCACAUACAAUCAUUCUUUGGAUUUCGCCUAAAAUCAAUAAAAAGUUUGGAGUUCUAGUUGGGAGAGACGUCAUUCAAAAAGCCACAAAAUCCAAUUCAUCUGAUAAUUAUUAUGGGUUUGUGAUGGAUUUUCAAAAUAUUUUGAAUAAUUAGUUUUCAUUUUGGCCACCAUCUCAAAGUAGAUGUACUAGAAUUUCGUGAAUUGAUUUCAUGUUUUGAAUUCUUUGCCAAUUUUACUUGGUCAUUCGAAAUGAUCUUCGCUGAAUGGUAUCAUGGUAUUACAUUUUUGAAGCACUCUGCUAUCGUUCUUUCGAAAAUGUAUUUCUUUGGUGGUGUCGAAUAUGAAAUGAAAAAAAAAAACGAUUCAAAACACUGGUGAAUGAUAAAACAAGUAUAUUUAAAGUUUCAAUGCCAGUUUCAUUCGAUGCUGAAGUUCAGAUUUCUCACUUUGUCAUUUUAAAAAUAUUCUGUUGUUUCUUAAAAUUAAAUAGAAAAAUUGUUUCUCCAAUGUGGUGCUGCAAAUGUAGACAUCUAAACUACCAAAAUAGAAUAUAUUUGCAGUCCACGUUGGAGAAACAAUUUUUUGUUGUCACACAAUUCAGCAAGAUAUAUUUUUAUGCUCUGGAUGGUAGCAGCGCUGAGUGAAACUCGGAAUAUAACAGUUCGAUCAUUUUCUAUAAUGACUAUAGCCACCUACGACAAAUACUAUUCAAAUGCUUUUUGAAAUUCAAAAAAAUAAAAUAAAUGCCAGACCUCUUUGCAAUCGAAUUUUUUUUUCAUUUUUUUUUUGCCGAAUGAAUCAUUAGAUUGGAAUUCCAAUGUUUUAAGUUAACCUCAUAUUGACCCGUUGCGAUGAAAAAUGUCAUAUCACAGUAUUAUUUGAAAUAAAAUAAGCGCUAUUUUUCAUAUUAUGCUUUCAAUCCAUAAUUAUUGGAACUUGAAGGGACCCACUUCUCAACGACAUCAUGUUUAGGUUUACAAUUGUGAUGAAAUUAAAACGAGGGAGUGCAAUUUGAAACCUCUUAUCACAAGAACAGUGUAUAAUAUUAUUUGAAGGAGAUUUACUUAUUUAAAAAGAAUUGAGGCUUCUUCUUUACUUAAUUUAAUGACAAAAAACUACAACAAACCCUUACUUGACUUACUAACACAACAUAGCUCACCAUUUACAAAGGAGAUCUGAACAUGCCACAUGGCCAGAAAUGAAGUAUAGAUUUUUUUAGUUUUUCUUGAGAAAAUAAAUGAUUAAAAAUUGAAAAAUUGAAAUAAAAAAUGUAAAAAAUAUACAAACUAAAUAAUUUAUU